UAACACAAACACACUGCUUCAGACAGCACAAUCCAACAAGAUCCUAAUUGAACACCCGAGUUUAUUGACAAAUUAAUCAAUCAAUCAACAAUAACUCAAGAUGCGUCUAACACUUCUGGCGCUUAUCGGCGUUCUGUGCUUCGCCUACAGCUAUGCCCUGGAUACGGAGGAGAACAACGACAAUAUCAAUAUCAAUCAGAUUGGCCUGCUGGACGUAGCCGAUCAAGGACAAUACCAUGCCAACGAAGGCGAUCGUGAUGUCCGCCAAUGGGGUGGUCGCAGAGGAUGGGGUGGUGGCGGCUGGGGUGGUCGCGGAGGAUGGGGUGGUCGCGGAGGAUGGGGUGGUGGUGGCUGGGGUGGUCGCGGAGGAUGGGGUGGCCACCGUGGCGGUUGGGGAGGCUGGGGACGUUAAUCCUGGCGAAACCAACAGCGCCUACUACUUACCAUUUACCUGCCAACGCACCACAGCGUCAUGACUCACUUGAAUGUUUGUUCAUUUUGUGUUUGUAAAUAAAGAACAUUGCAAAAAAAUA